AUGGCUUGGUCUCCCAAGGAUCGUCGGAUCAUCGACAUUGGCGGCAGCCAACUGAACCUCACCUUCGAGGAUCAGUUGCCCAAGGCCUUCGACCACAAGGCCGAUUUCCCCAAGGAAGUUGCUUACACCUCUGGCAUGGACAAGUGGGUCGACAUCGCUGACCGCUCUUACCAAACCUCUGACGAAAUGGCCAUCAUUGAAGCUACUGCUGCCGAAGUGGUUGCACAGAUGCCUUCCGGCACCAAGAUCAUUGAUCUCGGCGCAGCCAACUCUAUGAAGUUCGAGCCCUAUGCUCGUGAGUUCUUCAAGCAGGGAAAGACCUGCACCUAUGUCCCUCUUGACCUCUGCAAGUCUUCGCUUACUGACCAGAUCAACCGGGCCAAGACUUACUUCCCGACUAUGAAGUGUGUUGGUCUUUGGGGAAGUUUCCAGCACGGAGACCAAUACUUCAACAAGAUUCCCGGCGAUCGCCUCUUCCUUUCUCUUGGCUCGAUCUUCUACAACGCCCCUGAUGAGAUGUGCAAGGACCGUUGCCAGGAGUUCCGCCGCCACCUGUCGGCUUCCGAUCGCCUCAUCGUCGGCCAGGAUGGCCCUACCGGUACCGAAAGUGCCAAGUCUCACGCCUCCUACAACACCAAGGAGUAUGAUGCCUUCUUCACUUGCUACCUUGAGGGUAUUCAGUCUCACGCUGGGAUUGAUGCUGAUGCCAAGCUGGCUUGGUCUUAUGAGAGCAAGAUGGUCUCCUCCAUGCACUACUUCGAGGUGAUCGCCAAGCAGACCAUGGUGUGCAAGAACUUCAACAACUUUGUCGUCGAAUCCGGCACUAUCUACAAGAUGUUUCCUUCCUGGAAGCGCGGCGAGGCUGAGAUCCACGAGAUCACGAAGAAGGAGCGUCUCGCUAUCAAGACUCUCGGCAAGGCCGACAACUCUGGCAUGCGCCAGUACCUAAUCCAGGCCGAGUAA